CAAAAUUGGAAUUGCAGGACUGAAGUGAUGACUUUGCUCCGUAAGAAUUUGUAAACAUUUCCCCCAGUUAGAGGUCAUGUUCGUGGUUGCUUCCUUGAAUGAAAACUUAUUAAUCAGGAUAAGCCCUGAUGGCUAUACUAUUGGCUAAGUAGUUUUCCUUUCCCUUCCCUUAUCCUCCAUAAUGUCGAUAUAUAGCUUUAUAUUUCCUCAGUAAAAUUAGUUCGAAAAAGAUAAAGAUGACAACAUUGUGUAGCAAACUUAAACAUGGAAUAUACUUGUGCCUGUAACUUUAACUAUAUCAGCGUUGCUUUCAGCAAUUUCUGCCAUUGUACACUUAUGUUCCGCCGUAAUGAAAACUGACCAUAUGAUAAUGGUCUUCUUUUAGGAUUUAUCAGAGUAUCGCUUGUCCAGAAGUAUGAAACAUUAUACAGGGAGAAAUGGUGUCCAAACCUUGAUUUUUACCCUUGAUCUUUCGAAGUUAUAAAUCACUGCGAUGUACUAAAAUCAACACCAAAAGGAACAUCCCUCAAGUCUUCUGUUUUGAACUUGUAGGUCCUCCCCUAAGGCUUCAGGGAUCCUAAAAUCACAGUUACUUUCAUCUCGACAUUGGAUAUAACAUGGGAAUGGAGAAAUCUUUGGCACUUGUAGCUGUUCCUCUUCUUGUCAUUUGUAGCUUGAGUCAUGUGAGAUCAGAUUUGCUGGAGCAUAGGUACAAGGUUGACGAUGUAGUUCCUCUUUACGUCAACAAAGUUGGUCCAUUUGGAAGCCCAAGUGAAGCAUAUGGUUAUUACAGUCUUCCAUUUUGUCGACCAGAUCGUAUCGAGGAGAAGCAGGAGACUUUCGGCGAGAUAUUGAAUGGAGAUCGCCUAGUAACUGCUCCAUUCACUGUCAAAUUUCUACAGUGGAAAGAUCAAGAGGUCGCAUGUGCAAAGAAGUUGACAAGUGAAGAAGUCUCUCAGUUUCAAGCUGCAAUUAAGCAGGGUUAUUACUUUCAGAUGUACUGUGACGACUUGCCAAUCUGGGGAUUUAUAGGAAAGGUUGACAGAUCAUCAACAAAUAAUUCUGAGCACAAAUAUUUCCUUUACCAGCAUUUCCAACUCCAAAUCUUUUUCAAUAAGGAUCAAGUUAUAGAGACUCGUUUGUGGAUGCACUACGACGACAUAGUGGAGUUGACUGAAGGCAGGGAAAUGGAUAUAAAGCUACUGUACAGUGUGUAUUGGAUAGAAACAAGUGCACAUUUCCAUGAAAGGACGAAGAAGUAUUCCACGCCAAGCCUGUCUGCAAUACACUUUUUUUCAAUUAUCAAUUCCUGCUGGACGCUUUUGAUUCUGUUUGUAUGCCUAUUAACUUACUAUAUGAGAAUCGUGCGGAAAGAUUUCUAUCAUUUCAUACUUGAAGAUGCAGCAGUAGACCGAGAGCAGACAGGAUGGAAGUGCAUCCACUCUGAUGUCUUCCGGUUCCCAAAAUACAGGCUUUUGUUUGCUGCAGCCCUCGGUUCUGGUGCUCAGCUGUGCAUUCUAGUCACAUUUACUUUACUACUUGGGCUUCUGGGAGUAUUUUAUCCAUACAACCGAGGAAAUUUGUACGUGGCAUUGAUAGCCCUGUACACCAUGACUUCUGGAUUUGCUGGAUAUUUGUCCGUCUUGUUCUACUGUCAGAUUGAGGGAAAGAAUUGGGGCAAAAAUUUGCUGCUGACAGGGUUCUUAUCUUCUGUUCCGUUGUUUCUUAUAUUCUGCUUCCUUAAUGCUGUCGCGGUGUUUUACAAAGCAAAUGCAGCGCUUUCUCUAGGAACAAUCUUGAUAUUAUUGCUCAUUUGGAUAUCACUUGCAUUACCAUUGCUUGUUCUUGGCGGAAUAGCUGGGGAAAAGAGCCAUGGUGAGUUUCAAGCUUCUUGUGAGACCUCAAAGUGGCCCAGAGAGGUCCCAUCGCUGCAAUGGUACAGGGGCACUCUUCCACAAAUGGUCCUGGCAGGUUUCUUGCCUUUUUCUGCGAUCUACAUUCAGCUGUGUUCCAUAUUUGCCAGCUUGUGGGGUGGCAAUGCUUAUACCCUUUACAGCACAAUGUUUGUCGUCUUCAUUAUUCUGCUCAUCACUACUUCGGUAAUCACCGUGGCUCUGACACAUUUUCAGCUAGCUGCUGAAGAUCAUCGAUGGUGGUGGAGGUCCUUCUUUUGUGGUGGAUCGGUUGGUCUGUAUGUCUAUGGUUUCUGCUUCUAUUACUGCAAUUGGAGAUCGGACUUUUCCGGCUUCUUACAACUCUCUUUCUUCUUCGGAUAUAUGGCUUGGAUCAGCUACUGCAUCUUCCUCAUGUGUGGGUCCGUGGGGUUCUACGCAGCUCUGCUGUAUGUCCGGCACAUAUACAGCUCUAUCAAGAGUGACUGAGGGUGUUUAUGCUCCAACAACACCUCAAAGUCCUGUCACGUUCCUUCCUAUGGAUGGAAAUGUCAUGAGGCCCCACCUAUGAUGUCGGAUCAGGACACGGGCGUUAACUGUUGAUCUUAUGUAUGGCCACUCUAUGCCGGCUUGGUCUUCUGUUUUGCCCUUUCUGAUCUGUAUAGAUGAUGCCAGGCUUUGUCGAUGACAGAACUAAUGGUGCUGAUCAGCCAUGUGCAUUGUAAUGCAUCUG